UUGUGAUCUGGAAUAUGGCUCCAGUCCUCAAAGAGGAAGAUGAAAAGAAUGAAAAUAUUCCCAAGAUGCUUUGCCAGAUGGACAAUCACUUAGGUAUUACAGAACAGCCCUUCGUGGGCUUUGAGUGUUGGCAGAUUGCCCAAAGUUAGCCCAUGUGUUUGUAAUUAGAAAUAUAAGGCCCCGUGCAGCGGUAAAUGUCCCCGGUCUGCUGUCAGAAGGCACAGAUGUUGGCUACACACCUGGUUGAGUUAUUCAGCAGAAGACUUGGCCAACCCACAGAACCACCUUUGGACAGUCCUGCAGCUUGUGUGAACUGUGUGCGAUGGUCAAACAGUGGGAUGUAUUUAGCUUCUGGGGGAGAUGACAAACUGAUUAUGGUGUGGAAGCGGGCUACGUACAUCGGCCCCAGCACUGUCUUCGGUUCCAGUAGUAAGCUCGCCAAUGUGGAGCAGUGGCGGUGUGUGUCCAUCCUCAGAAGCCAUUCAGGCGAUGUGAUGGAUGUUGCUUGGUCGCCUCACGAUGCCUGGCUCGCGUCCUGCAGUGUGGAUAACACCGUGGUCAUCUGGAACGCCGUCAAAUUUCCAGAAAUUCUUGCCACUCUCCGGGGCCACUCUGGAUUGGUGAAGGGGCUGACCUGGGACCCGGUGGGGAAGUACAUUGCUUCCCAGGCUGACGACCGCAGUUUGAAAGUCUGGAGGACCAUGGACUGGCAGCUGGAAACCAGCAUCACCAAGCCCUUUGAUGAGUGCGGGGGGACGACCCACGUUUUGCGUCUCAGCUGGUCCCCCGAUGGGCACUACCUCGUCUCUGCUCACGCCAUGAACAACUCGGGCCCCACUGCUCAGAUCAUUGAGAGGGACGGGUGGAAAACCAACAUGGACUUCGUGGGGCAUCGUAAGGCGGUCACGGUGGUGAAAUUCAAUCCCAAAAUCUUCAAGAAGAAGCAGAAGAAUGGGAGCUCUGCCAAGCCAAGCUGCCCGUACUGCUGCUGCGCUGUGGGCAGCAAGGAUCGAUCCCUCUCGGUCUGGCUCACGUGUCUGAAGCGGCCGUUAGUCGUCAUCCAUGAGCUGUUUGACAAGUCUAUCAUGGACAUUUCUUGGACCUUGAAUGGACUCGGCAUCUUAGUGUGCUCCAUGGACGGCUCCGUGGCCUUUUUGGAUUUCUCCCAAGAUGAGCUUGGGGACCCCCUGAGCGAGGAGGAGAAGAGCCACAUUCACCAGUCCACCUACGGGAAGAGCCUGGCCGUGAUGACGGAGGCUCAGCUGCCCACCACCAUCAUCGAGAACCCCGAGAUGCUCAAGUACCAGCAGAGGCAGCAGCAGCAACUGGGCCACAAGAACGCAGCGUCCCGGGAAGCCGGCUCCAACCCCAAGGUGGCCAGCAUGGUGAACGGGGAGAGUCUGGAGGACAUCCGCAAGAAUCUGCUAAAGAAGCAAGUGGAAACGCGCACCGCCGACGGCCGGAGAAGGAUCACGCCCCUCUGUAUCGCUCAGCUGGACACUGGGUAUUCAUCCAGGGACUUCUCCACGGCCUUCUUUAACAGUAUUCCUCUUUCGGGAUCGCUGGCGGGCUCCAUGCUGUCUUCCCAAAGUAGCCAGCAGCUCAUGGCGCUAGACUCCAACACCAACUCCCUCAGCACGGCGAAGCCCGCUGCGGAGCCCGUGGCGUCGAGUCUGAAGCCUGCAGGGGAUGCCGUCAAUAAGGACAGUGUAAAUGCUACCUCGGCUGCAGCCGUCCCCCCCACCUCCUCGGCCUCUGUGUUAACAACUCCUUCCAAGAUCGAGCCAAUGAAAGCGUUUGAUUCCCGAUUCACUGAACGAUCCAAAGCCACCUCAGGGAGCGGGACUGCUGCCAUCACAAAUAUGAACCAGACUGCCAUUGACCGGUUGAAAGAGCAGAAUCUCGUGAAGGAGAUGAAGCCCAAGGACAUCCUGGAGAGCAGCAGUGACAGCGACGAGAAGAUCCCCAUUUCCAGGCCCUCCUCCCUGUCCAAACGGAAGCUGGACCUCGAAGGGGAGACCGUGGAGAAGAAGAAGAAGGGCCGUCCGCGGAAGGACACGCGCCUCCUGCCCGUGGCGCUGUCCGUGCAGUCCCCGCUGACGGCCGACAAGGAUGCCCUCUGUGUGUCCGCCCCAGCACUAGCUCUUAAACUGCCAACGCCAGCCCCGCAGAAGUCCUUUGCCCUGCAGGUGAGCUCCGACCCUUCCCUCUACAUCGAAGUGGAGAACGAGGUCACCGCGGUGGGGGGCCUGAAGCUGAGCCGGCUAAAAUGUACGCGGGAAGGCAAAGAGUGGGAGACCGUCCUGACCAGCCGGAUCCUGACCGCUGCGGGCAGCUGUGACGUGGUGUGCGCUGCCUGUGAGAAGAGGACGCUGUCCGUGUUCUCCGCCUGCGGCCGCCGCCUGCUGCCCCCCAUCGUCCUGCACUCCCCCGUCUCCACGCUGCACUGCACGGGGCCCUACAUCAUGGCUCUCACUUCCGCUGCCACCUUGUCUGUGUGGGAUGUCCAUAAACAGGUGGUUGUCAUCAAAGACGAAUCUCUGCAGACCAUUCUAUCAGGAAGUGACAUGACUGUUUCGCAGAUCCUGCUGACCCAGCACGGCAUCCCGGUGAUGAACCUGUCCGACGGGAAGGCCUACUGCUUCAACCCGGCCCUCUCCACCUGGAAUCUGGUUUCGGACAAGCAGGACUCCUUGGCCCAGUGUGCGGACUACAGGAGCAGUUUGCCGUCCCAGGAGGCCACGCUGUGCUCCGGGCCUCUCGCCAUAAUCCAGGGACGCACAGCUAAUUCAGGAAGACAAGCUACCCGGUUGUUCUCCGUGCCUCACUUGGUCCAGCAAGAGACCACCCUGGCCUACCUGGAGAGCCAGAUGGCGGCGGCGCUGACGCUGCAGUCCAGCCACGAGUACCGCCACUGGCUGCUCAUCUAUGCACGGUACCUCGUCAACGAAGGGUUUGAAUAUCGGCUGCGAGAAUUAUGCAAGGAUUUGCUGGGGCCGGUCCAUUACUCCACCGGAAGUCAGUGGGAAUCAACGGUCGUGGGCUUGCGAAAGCGGGAACUUCUCAAAGAGCUGCUUCCGGUCAUCGGGCAGAACCUGCGCUUCCAGCGGCUGUUCACAGAGUACCAGGAGCAGCUGGACAUCCUGAGGGACAAGUAGCAGCCCCUGGCCCGCUCCAGGAGGAACAGCGCUUCUCGGCACAAGCCCUGACGGACAGACGGCCGGCCAGCCCUUCCGAAGGGAGCCAGCGGGAGGGCCUCCAGCACAGGGGCCGUUCUUGUCCGAGGAGACCACGGCGGGGUGCGUGACAUCCGGACACGGACAGGCCCGGCCCUUCUUCCUAGAAGGGCCUCCCUCUCCAGAGCAAGGUCCGGGACUGCAGGGAGCUGCAGCUCCACGUGGCCGGGAGCCUCCCCAUGUGCUCCGGGGGACUUGCCACAAGUCGCGGGGAGGCGCGGGGAGAUGGCACCGCCCUCCAGAGCCCGUCGGCGGCAGAGGCCGCGGGCAGCGCCAGGGCCGUGAGCUCGGCAGGCUCUGAGCCCUGCCACGUGGAAGGCGGAAGGCGGAGCAGCCCAGAGACUCCCCUGCCCAGAGAAAGGCUGCCCUCCCCCAAGGCGGGUUUUCCACGAGGACCCGCCCGCUUGUGAGAGAGGACUUUCCUUGGCCAAGAAUCAGGAUUUCCCUAUGGGGCACGUGGACGCUUGUCACCCAUAGGACAUCGCAACUCUAAUUAUGACAGCUAUGUGGCUCAAUAAUUGUACCAAAAUUAACCUGUCCUCAUUUGGUUUUUAAUUUUUAAAUGUUUGUAAAAGACCGUUUUUCUGGGAAGGGGCAAGGGGCGGGCGAUUCUUUUUGUAAGUAUGAAAUAAAUGAACACGGCAUUGGAUACAAAA